AUGGAUAUUGACAAAAUGUUCAAGGUCCCUAAACUUCCAACGGGAGGAACAAAACGAAAACUUCCUGAAAAUCCUACUCCCGAGAUGUUGAAGAAAAUGAAGAUGGAUUCCAAUACGUUGCCCAAACCGUCCGAAACUGUUCUACAUCCGUCGCGCAAGGCGACUGUGGAGGAAGUUGUAGAUGAGGAUGAGGAUGAGGAUUUCGCGCCUGGCGGAGACGCCGACUAUUUCGCGGAAGAGGAUGAUGAAGGUCGCUUUUUCGGAGGAGGUUUAACAUCUGAACAGAAAGAAAUUCUUAAUAUUUUCGACCAAGCUGGAACGCAGGGUACCGAAGAUGAAGCAGUAGACUUGUCUAUCACCAGAAUACGCCAAAUUUUGCUUUCGUUCGAGCGUGCUGUCAACAGGAAUCAAGAUCAUCGUUCAAAAUAUCCUGACGAUCCUUCGAAGUUCAUUGACUCCGAGGCUGACCUGGACAGUGCUAUCAAGGCGCUCCUCCCUCUGUCGCAGGUGCCAUCUUUGGCAUUUCCUGAACUCGUGCGAUCGGGCGCGGUCACCCUCCUUGUGGGGCUUCUCACCCAUGAGAACGUGGACAUAAUGAUCGACGCCGUCGAAGUCAUUUAUGAACUUACCGAUGACGACUUGGAGGUGGAGCAGGAAGAGGAAGGCUCCGAAAGGGGGCAGGAAGCCUUGACUAUGUUCGUUGAAAAAUUGGUGGACAGUUCGGUAUUGGAACUUCUGGCCGACAACCUGAAUCGCCUCAAUGAGGAUGAAGAAAGUGACCGUCAGGGGGUUUUUCACCUUUUAGGGAUUUUCGAGAACUUUGUGGGGCUGAAUCCGGCCCUUUCUCCAAAAAUCGUCACAGGGACGGGCGUCCUAAAAUGGUUACUGUCUCGUAUUCAGGCUAAAAUUCCUGACGAAAAUCGCGGGUAUGCCGCGGAAUUGUUGUCAAUUUUACUGCAAGACAGCCACGAGAACAAAGGGAAAUUUACCGAAGUUGGUGGAGUAGACGUCUUGCUCAAGACACUCUCUCAAUACCGCCGCAGGGAUCCUAUCGAUGCUGAUGAAACCGAAUUCAUGGACAACCUUUUUGAUUCUCUGUGUUCAUCUCUGAGCGAACCUGCGACGAAGCAAGCGUUUCUUGAAGGAGAGGGACCAGACCUAAUGGUUCUUUUGAUGAAGGAAAAGCUCGAGUCAAGAUCGCGGUCCAUUAAGGUGCUUGACUAUGCCAUGUCCGGGUCUGCUGGAACACCUGUUUGUGAAGCCUUUGUCGAAGUAUUAGGCUUGAAAACGUUAUUUACAGCAUUCAUGGGCAAAUCGUCAAAGCAUCAAAGAAGCGGUUUAGACUCAUCUACUCCCCAAGAUGUGGCUCAUAGUCUCGGGAUCAUCUCUUCUUUGUUCACAAAUCUUCCCUCUGACACAACAAGUCGAAUCCGUCUACUAGCUAAGUUUGUUGAAGGGGAUUAUGCAAAGAUUGACAAGCUCCUCGAAAUCCGUGAUGCUGCUACAAAACGCCUUCAACUAACGGAAAUAGAAAUCCAGAAAAGUAAACAGGAUGCCUCUAAUUCUGAUGACGAAGAAUCACAUGAAGAUUCGCUCUAUCUCCAACGACUGGAUGGGGGCCUGUUCACUCUUCAGACCGUCGACUAUAUCUUGGCCUGGUUGAUGAUGGAAGAUGACGGUGGUCAUGUGCUACGUAUGCUCAAUCGUAAAGACCAGUCAACGAAGGAUAUCCUCCGAACCCUACAAAGUUAUGAAGAACAUCUAGGCAAUGAGAUAGACUCGACUCAGACUACGGAUGAUUCCAUGUCGCAAAAAGACAUCCUGAAAGGCCUCAUAUCUGCCCUAAGUAGUAACACAACGAAACAAUCAUAA